AUGUUUUCCUUCGGCCUCGUGCUUCUGGAGAUCAUCACUGGCAAGAGAGCGGUCCUGUCCGACGAGCUUGACGAGGACAAAGAGACUCUGGUCUCUUGGCAGACAUCCUUAGUGGACAAUGAUGACAACCAGGGCAUCCACCACGACGACGACGCUCCGCACAUGGUCCAACUCGGCUACAACCUCCUCUACCGCGUAGAGCGGCCGCGGUUAUCUGCAGCAUCAAGUACAGCCUCCUCUCCGAAAAUCUCACAUCAAUAUCCGGUGGCGAAGCAUGAGAACUGGAUGGCUCAGUAUGGCCGUGUGUACAAGGACACCACUGAGAAGGCACGUCGGUUCGAGGUUUUCAAAGGCAACGUCGAGUUCAUUGAAACAUUCAAUGCCCAAAAUCACAAGUUCUGGCUUGGCGUCAACCAAUUUGCUGAUAUCACAAAUGAUGAGUUCAAGACAACCAACACAAACAAGGGAUUCAAAGCAAACUCCACGAGAGUUCUUUCUUCUGGAUUCAGGUAUGAGAAUUUGAGUUUGGAUGCCCUUCCAGCAAUGAUGGACUGGAGGGCCAAGGGAGCCGUCACUCCUGUCAAGGAUCAAGGCCAGUGUGGCUGCUGUUGGGCAUUUUCUGCUGUUGCCGCGACAGAGGGCAUUGUAAAACUGAAAACCGGGAAGUUGAUCUCACUGUCGGAGCAGGAGUUGGUUGACUGUGAUGUUCAUGGUCAAGAUCAAGGCUGCGAGGGAGGACUCAUGGAUGAUGCCUUCAAAUUCAUUAUCAAGAAUGGAGGCCUUACUAUGGAGUCAAGCUACCCAUAUACUGCAGCUGACGGCAAGUGCAAGGCUGGAUCCAACAGUGCCGCAACCAUCACCGGCUUUGAGGAUGUGCCUGCCAAUAACGAGGGUGCCCUUAUGAAGGCGGUGGCAAACCAACCAGUGUCUGUAGCUGUGGACGGAGGAGACAUGACGUUCCAAUUCUACUCUGGUGGGGUGAUGACUGGGUCCUGCGGCACUGACUUUGACCAUGGAAUUGCAGCCAUUGGAUAUGGAAAGACUAGUGAUGGCACGAGCUAUUGGUUGAUGAAGAAUUCAUGGGGCACAACUUGGGGCGAAAAUGGGUACUUGAGAAUCGAGAAAGACAUUGCAGACAAGAAGGGCAUGUGUGGUCUUGCCAUGGAGCCUUCUUACCCAACAAAAUAG